CGUAAUUCGUAAAAUGUACCGAGUGUUGCGCAAUCGUGUGUAAACACUAUUCAUGACAACCUCCUCAAGUUAUUGAACAAGAUAGAAGCACACAGUUUCAUAUUAUGGAGGAAGAUGAUGAUUCUUUGCAAGAUCUUGUUGCAUACAGCAAGAACCGACCCCGAUAUAUUCGAACAGUGUCAUGGGAGUUCAAGAGUGAAAGAAAACAACCCAAAAGUAAGAAGAGGCAUCAGAGCAUGCCAGAGGGAGGGGCGGGGUGUGAGGAGGAAGUGAAAGAUUCACCCUCCCCAGAGGAAGAAGAGGAAUGGGAUUCAGAAAGUUCAUACUACUCAACAGCUGAGGAAGAUAUCACAGAGACUUUAGAAGAGGACAUUGAGGGAGUCAGUUUACAGGAUGAUUCCCCAAAUGUCCGUCCUACUUACCAUGCCCAAACCCGCUACAGGGCACCAAGCAAAAAACAGAAGCGGAAGAGACGGUGCAGGACUACGUAUUGUGAUCAAACUCUUCCAUUUAUGACAGGAGGAUUCGACAUAGAGGACGACAUUCAACAAGUCGUGGCUGAAAUCCAGGGCAAACAGUUCAGUGUGUUGAGAGAGGUCCCUAGCCUGGCCAUGAUGUGUAUCAAACUGUUGAGAGGAAUCCGAUUUCCUGCUGACUCAAUGCCCCACUUAGUCAAGUCACACAUCUAUGGUGCUAAUGCAGACCUGAAAUUCAAGAAAUUUCAAUAUGGCUGGCUUUUUAAUUUACUGGCAUUUGUGAAUAAAGAAAAGAUAGGUUUAGAAAUAGGCAAGAAAAUUUACAGACUUCCAAUGUGCAGCGUAUGGUAUCCAUUACCAUAUUUACAUAAGUCCUCUAGACAGUUUACAGAUCAUUACAACAAAAAUAAAAUCACAGCCUGUCUGAUGUACACUAGUGGACAUACAGUAGAGGGCAUAGACCACUAUAUCCUGAAUCUAUUUAGAAUCAUCUGGAUAUUAUCAGUGCUAGGGCAUAUGAUGGACUGCAUGCUGCCAUCACAGAUUGCCAUGGGGAAAUAUAAGAAGGAUAAAAGUGAAGAAGAUCAGAUCAAAACAGCAACCAAUAAGGCUGUCCAGUGGACGAAAACAGUCUUAUCAAGGAGACUUCCAGAUAGCACAGACAGGUUUUUCGAUUUGAGCCUUCCAUAUGUAUUUUGGGCACGUGGGGACAUCUCACAUGCCACAGAAUUAUUUUGUCAACUCUCUCAGUCAGAAAAAAGAUGCAGGCACAAGGCCGUGUAUUUGAAUGAAGCCGGGAGAAUGCAUGCAAUAUCAGGGGAGACAAUUACUGCUGCCAAAUUCUAUCGACUGGCUGCAGAGGCUGCCUUAAGCAAAGGCAAGAACCAACAGUACACCUCUGAGAUGGAGGGCCAGGCAAUGAUGCUGUUAGCCAGCCUCAAUGACCAGGGAAUCAUGGCACACAAGGCCCGUUCUUCGUGGGCUGGAUGGAAGGCAGUGUUUUCUUCCGACACCUUGGAAUCUGAGGGUGCCGCUCUCCAUGCUGUGGAAAGCUGGCUUUGUUUCCAUGCAGGGUCAUGGCAAGGGGAUUGCUGGGAGGAGUCUGUUAGUAGAAUCUUUCCGCUGUGUGCAAAGCAUUCCAUGCUUCUUUAUCACCUUUCACUGGUCCACGCUCUAAGGGGGAAUGCCCAAAACUCCCUGAGAAGCUAUAAUGACUUCCGAUCAAAAGAAUUUGGUAGCAAUUUGCCAGGUGAAGAAAUUGUAAAUAGACGUUCACAAAAUCCAUGGCUUCCUCUGGUCCAAGCCAUCGAACAGCAAGGGCAGAUAACCUGUAUACCUAUCCUCUGGAGAACUCUGCUUAGACCUUUGUGUCUUCAAACUAAACCCCGAGUAACAGAAGAAGCUGAUUUGAUCUCAGAACAGUUGAAUUUAAGGUUAACUGCCCAGGGACUACUGACAGGGGACAUGCAGCUACUGCUGCCCCCUAGUGGCGGAAUUUAUCUAGAUCCAUACACAGGGAAGUUAACAUACAAUGACAACAGAACGGAACCAUGGAGGGCCGUGACGAAAGACUUGUGGAAACUACUUUUACCCACUCCUCUGGAAGUUUAUCAUGACGAGGAAGGGGUCAGGGUUGAGCUGCUGAUGACAUCACAGGACACUCUUCUGAUGAACAAAGUCUGUGGGUUUCCUUACCCGGUGAUGUCCCCCUUACAAGAUAUCUGUACCUUAGUUUGGUAUGGGCCUAGUGGAAAGACAGUCAAGACCAGCCUGUUACCAAAAUUCAAUGACCUAAUCUACAAGAAUGCAGAAGGAGCAAUAAACAUAUCUGAAUUCAAAAUAGAGAAAGAUCGACAGUCAGUUCUACAGAGGUUACACGCUUUGUAUAGGAAAGGGUGUGUCCUGAACUUUCAGGCUAUCAAAGAUGAUGUGAGUUGUUGGAACAGAUAUGAUGAACGCAAUAAAAAUAAAAAGAGGAGAAGGAGGCCCCUGUAUGGGCAAAAGCAGUCGUAUACAUUGUGUGCAAAGCCAUUUAUGUUUGGGAAAGCUGUAGCAAUGAUAUUUGAUCAGUCUCUUCCUAAUUAUCAUUCAAAACUACUUGUGAUUGCAAAUUGUUCCACAGCAGAAAGUUUCCAGAAGAUGAAAGUUUACUACAUAGAAAACUGGUCAUUGGAUCUGGCCCAUUUUAAGACUCCCAUUCGAACCUCACAGUUUCACCAUGGUUACAGAAUCAAGGAUGCAGAAAUAAUUCAUUUCACAUUUCUUAAGCCAGAACCGAACAUUAAAUUAUUUGAUCAAGAUGGAUCUAUAGUUGACACCAUACCCAUUAAACAUAACGAUGACGAUUCCGAUGAUGGGGUUCACUUAAAGGAAGCAGUCCAGGGGCAGAUAUAUCCACUGAUUGUCAGAGACGAAGUAAUUGCCAUUACCCAGACAGGAAGACUAUGGUGCCGUAGAAAUGGAGAUAAUUUCAUCCAUAUUGACGUAAAGGAAGCGGUGUCAGUAGCGGCCUUCGGAGACGUACUGAUAGUCCUAAUGGAGAACAAGACACAGUUCCUGUCAGCUCACCAGCUCCAAGUUCUUGACAUCCGGGUUACUGACUCUUGUCAAAGGAGUUUAAAUCUCAAGAUAGGUGAGAGUAUGAAGACAAUAGAGCAGGGUUUCAAGACAGUCCAGGUGUUGGCGACACAGACCGUCAGCAGGCCCACUGGGCCCCGCUUAAUGUGUAUUGCUGCACUGGAUAGAACCAUUGUCUGUCUGGAAGCACCAACUGAGCUGUCCAAGUGUACAGAGGUUACUGUAACUUUGACCCUCUCCUUGGCCGGUUACCCUGUGGAGGCAUACAUCAUUAAUCAGAGAGCUGGUUUCCUGUUGACCUUCACCCAACACAGCACUCUAUCUGAGGCGUACAUUGAACAUCUUUGUCAUUACAAGUUUGAUGGACAGUUACAGGGGGUGAUUCCCUGCCUGGGCCCCGGCCCUCGGUCCUUCCAUCAUGCUUAUCUACCUGGAGAUUCCAAUGAGGGUGGAGCAGGACUUUAUUUGUAUAUGAGGGAUGGACAUAAUGGAAUCGUAGGAAUCAAGAUAGAAGAUCAUCCACAUUGACAAUAGCUCUAUUAAAAAAUAAUUUUAAUGUCAGACAUUGGCAUCAUAGGAUUCCAGAUGGAGGAUUAUUAGUAAUAUUAGAAAUAAAUACAGCUACAUAGUGUAUUACAGCUGUAAUGUAAUAAAUGUAAUAGAAUCAAAAGAAGACAGAUGAUAGAGUUUAAUGUAGACGAUCAUCAGCAAUGACUUUUGUACAACAGAAUUGCUUUCGUUGAUAUGAUGGGUAAGAUUUGCAGUACAAACACUGUUAUCUGAUGGAGAACUGUCCAUGCCUUAGGUAGUAAUAUAUUUAUGUAUGUACAAUAUGUAUAAUAGCAUUUGUCUACAUUAAAUAUUAUUUUAGAAUUUUGUACAGGCUAGAAAAUGAGAUUAUUAGGUAUUAAUAGAGCAAAUGAUAGUCCUUCAAAUCAGAGAUAUAAAAUAAAACACUUACGUGUAUUUAUCAUGAAAAUAAGAAAUCAAUUUUAGUGAAAAUAAUUUUUUAACGUGGAAUUGAACAUUAGCAUAAUAUUUGUCAUGAAAUUCAAUUGUGAGUUUGUUAUAUUUUGGUUCGUUUUUUCUACAGCAAUGUUAUAAAUUUGAGAAUAUUAAUUGCAGUAAAACACAUGCAAAUAAUGAAUACAAGUCAUAACAUAUAAGUAUUACAUUUAAAACCAACAAAUUAGUUUUACAUUUAUCCAUAAAACCAGUCAACAAUAUUCACCCUAUUCACUUGGCUUUAAACAUAAAUGUAUUUUAGAGUUAGGGUUAGGGUUUACUGUAUUAAUUUAAGUUCUUUGUGAUAAUUAUAGUCAUUGUAUGUUUCACAAUGUAUUCUAUAAACUGUCUACAUGAAUAAAUGUUGUUUUAAACUAAAUCACUUCACACAGGACUUGAUUUUCACAGCAACAAAAACCCUACCACAGACAACCCCACUGUUGAUAUGAAGUUUCAUUUAACAUGUCUGUUGCUCUAAUUUAUUAUGUAAACAUAAAAAUCACUGUAGAAUAGGCUUUUUUAUACAUUUUAUCAUUUGAAAUAAUAAAAAAUAUAUAUA